AUAACUGACAGAACACAAGUGGUGCUUUAUCCAGUCUUUCCCUCCCUGGGUAAGAGGAAACCCUAAACUGCUCUGGCCCUUUUCCUUGUGCUCUUUCUUCCCUCUCUAUUCUCUCACUACCGCGUGAGUGCACUCAGGAAGAGAAUGGCAGCAUCAUCUGGACAGAGAAAAAACAGGCCGUCCCAAAUGUUGGCUUUAGCUCUGCUUCUCAUCACCCAGCUUUUGAGCGCAGGAGUGAUGGCACAGGAAAAUGUAAGAGGAGAUGGAGUCCUGAAGACGACUGGAGCUCCUGCAACUACAGAGCCAUCUGGUCAAGUGCCUAUUUACCCCACCAUGGAGGAAAAUGACAUUUCUACAAAGACACCUGAAAGUCAUGUCAGCACCUAUCUUCAUACAAUCCAGCCCAAUCCCUCAGAGGAAACAACAAAUGACACAUUUCAGACAAAACUGCCUGUUCAACACCCGGAUACUUCAGCACCCAGUACUACCAGAGGUGACAACCUACCAGGGCCUCGGGACGUGACGUGUGGGAGUAAAGAGAGAGUGGAGGGAAAAAACGCUGUUCUCUUGAAACUCAAGAGAUCCGGCAACUGUGAAGACACACGGCAGGUCAUUAUAGAUCAUCUUCCGCAACUGUGUCAUGAAGACUGUAAGAUGGAGCUUUAUCAAGAAGACAACACAGAUAGCGUCCUGGUGUCUGGAAAGUAUGUGGAAGAUGAUGUGACAGAAAUGGUGGACAAAUUCAACAGCCUCAUCGGAAAAGAUAAUACUGAUAUCCAGUCAGCCACUCCUCGCUGGGGGAAGAACUCAAAGACGGUGCUGGUUUCCUUGCUGCUUGUUGGCUUGUUGCUGGCUGCACUGCUGGUCGGAUUGUAUUACUUUAAGACACAUCGCAAGAACUCCAAAGGUGUCAGAUUGGCUGAGUCUUUCCAGGUGGAUGAGGAAAACCAGGCCAACACUCUGGUAUCUGUGGCCCCGCUGCCUCAGGAGCCUGCUGACAAACCCACCGCCAAUGGAGAGUCUCCCCCUGAAAAUGGGGCGAACAGCACCCCAACCACUAAUGGACACUCUGCUGCCCAGACUCCAGUGGCUGAUACCGAGAUGUGAAUCACCCUCCCAUCUGCAGUAUCUCAAUGUGCCAGUCACCUACUAACCUCUCCGUUAAUCUGAGACAAAUUCAGCUUGAAUUAAUCACAAACAUCCGUAUCUCCUCCUGCUCUUCUACUAAAAUAAUAAGACUCCAUAUGAAGAAGCAAAUGUUGAUCAAAUGAUGUCAAUGCCUGUAAUGUGAAAAGUUUGGGAACACUCGCCUUUGCUGAUGUCAAAACCUGCCUACACUGACAGAGAGGCUGGUUAUUAGAGACCUGCUCUAACUUCAGUGUUUGCAGAAUUAUGAAGUCCUGACAAUAACGUAUUGCCGAUCUCUAAAAAAGAAGCAAAAAAAAGAAACAUUUUUUGUACCAAAUACGAAAUUGUACUGCAAUUAAACCAUGUGAUGCCUAGCAGCUGAUAGAAAACAGAUUCCUGUAUUUUUGAUAAAAGAACGCCAAUUUUUUUACUGCUUAUUUCAUAGCAUCAAUUGCUGCCUUAAAAGUGAACUAAAAAGCCAAAUUUAGUUUUGCUCUUGAGUUAGAUAGAAGGCAGCAUUUACAAUCUUUUGCAGUACUAAGAAAUAAACAAUGUGCCAAAGUUUUAAAAAUGUAUAAAUGUACGUUGGAAGUAGUUAGUUUCUAAGUUGUUUGUUUUGUAUACACUGUUUAUACAAAAUGACAAUAAAAGUUGUCUAAGUUGGUUUAGCCUUCUUCCUGCCGAACAACCAAACAUCUGCAGCCAAGCUUUAAUUAAAACUCAUUGAAAGCAGGAUCUAAAACGUAUUUUUAUGAUGUAAUAAUGUGGUUUCCAGUAUUGUACAUUUUUUUAAAUAUUUGUUUUACAAUGAAAUAGAUUUUUCAUUUUUUUACUACUGUCUUAGGUAACUAUACAGAAAAUUAGCUUGUUUACAAAAUAGACUGGGAGUUUUUUAGUUGCCAGGAUAAGAAAGAACAUCGUUGCUGUGACGUUCUUUCAUGGCUCAAAGCAGGUUCAGAUUUCAAAGUAGCAUAUUUGUUUUCUUAUUUUUGUAAAACAUGUUUUCUACUCCAGUGUUAAACUUUUAUUUUUUAUUUUUCUGUUGCUGUGUGCUCCAUGUAUAAAUUUGCUUGCUUUCUUAUUCAUAAACUGUUGUUACAAACAUGCAGGUGGUUCUCAUCAUAUUUGUGCUGUGAUGACUUGAUAGAUCAAUAAAAGAAGAACAUGCAACCACAA